AUGAAGAUAGCCAUUAUCCAGUAUUCCACCUACGGCCACAUCACUGCGUUGGCCAGCGCCAUCAAGGAGGGCGUGGAAGCCUCAGGAGUAGCCUCCCAGGUCGACAUUCUCCAGGUGCCAGAAACGUUAUCUGCUGAGGUGUUACAGAAGUUACACGCACCUCCCAAGCCAGCAGACAUCAAGGUCGCAUCCGCAGAACUGCUUGCCCAAUACGAUGCCUUCCUCUUGGGGGUGCCUACCCGGUUCGGGACCGUGCCUGCUCAGUGGCUGGCGUUCUGGGACACCACUGGCGGAUUGUGGGCCAGCGGAGCAUUGCACGGAAAGCCAGCAGGUAUAUUCGUGUCCACUGGCACGGUUGGCGGAGGCCAGGAAAGCACAGUGCGGACUCUUUUGAGCACAUUGGUCCAUCACGGUAUGCCCUACGUGCCGCUCGGGUACGUCAACUCUCCCGGAUUAUUUGACAUGUCCGAGGUACACUCCGGAACCUCUUAUGGCUCAGGCACGUAUGCUGGAGCCAACGGGUCGAGAAAGCCAUCCGCCAUCGAGUUGAAGGUGGCCCAAACCCACGGAGAGUCGUUUGCGAAGACUGCAGCCAAGUUCUACGCUCCUUCCGAUGCUAACAGCACCAGCUCGUCGUCGCUCGAGGACCCCAAGAAGGCCAUUGGUGCGAAAAAGACCGGAAGUGUGCAGAGAGCCGCCCAGUCUGGAAAGACGUCAGUGCGGGCGGAAAAGGCCGAGAAGAGUGGGUGCCUGAAGUGUGUUAUAAUGUAG